AUGGCUUCCCGGCCACGAAGCCCUCCCCGGUACGGAGACGCCAGCUCGCAUUCCCCGACCAGAUGGUCUCUGGGGCGGAAGCGCAGAGCCGACGGGAAGCGAAGGAAGCCGGAGGACAGCGACUCUUCGGCGUCCGCCGACGACCAGGAGCGCAGGCACGGGGAUCACCGACUGGAGAGCUUCACCACUCCCGAAGGCCCUAAGCCUCGUUCUCGGUGUUCAGACUGGGGAAGUGCAGUUGAAGAGGCUGAAAUGAGAAGCAGAGUUAAUAAAGAAAUUGCAAGGUAUAAAAGGAAACUCCUCAUAAAUGACUUUGGAAGAGAGAGGAAGUCGUCCUCAGGAAGCUCUGAUUCCAAGGAGUCUGUGUCUGCUGUGCCCGCUGACCUGGAGACAGAUGAGAGUGUGCUGAUGAGAAGACAGAAGCAGAUCAACUAUGGGAAGAACACCAUCGCCUAUGAUCGCUACAUUAAAGAAGUGCCAAGGCACCUUCGACAGCCUGGUGUACACCCCAAGACCCCAAACAAGUUUAAGAAGUACAGCCGGAGAUCGUGGGACCAGCAGAUCAGACUCUGGAAAGUUGCGCUGCACUUCUGGGACCCUCCGGCCGAAGAGGGGUGUGAUCUGCAGGACAUACAUCCUGUGGACCUGGGUGAGGUGGAGAUGGAGUCAACAGACAGCAGCUCAGAGUCCCAGACGAACUCCCAGGACAACUUUAUUCAGGAUGUUCUGGACGUGGACGUGGCCACCAUGCGAUUGUCACGCUCAGGAAAGGCAGCAUUGACCAAACACUGCUGUCCAGUGGAGGCAUGGCCCCCGUUCUCUGGGGGUGAAGUGGUCUCAGGAACAGCCCCGAUCCCGGUCUCCCGGUUGUCCCAGUAA